GAAUGGAGAAUGGAGAACGGAGAAUGGAGAAUGGAGAAUGGAGAAUGGAGAAUGGAGAAUGGAGAAUGGAGAAUGGAGAAUGGAGAAUGGAGAAUGGAGAUGAAGAAUGGAGAAUGGAGAAUGGAGAAUGGGGAGAGCGGGCGUUUGCAGUAA